AUGCGGUUCUACCGCGAGGCGCACUUGGAGAGCUUGGGCAAUGCAGGCAUGGUGGGCAUGAAGGGCGCCUGGCUCUACGGAGACUACAUCAACGCCGUGCCCGGGGUGGAGGACCCGGUCGCCUGCGCCACCGCCUGCGAGAAUGACGAGAAGUGCUACCACUGGAACUUCCAGGUGCUCAGCAAGCGCUGCGACCUGAAGGCGCAGAACGGCGGGGUGAAUCAGGACAUCAGCGACUGGAUCACCGGCAACGCCAAGCGCAGCUUCGAGGCCAUCCUGCCCUGA